AAACUCCACUGACCGACUCACCUGUUCUUAGAUGUGUGGUUGACGCAGGCGUGGCGUAAAGUUUGAGUGAGGGAGUAGUCGGUCGUCACAAGUGUUGAGUAAGAGAGCAUUUAGUGAACAGAGAAAGAAACAGGAUCCAUUAAGAUGGUGAUUGGACAGAAGGUCGCGCUGAUGGUGUUGUGGGCGGGCGUGUGUGGCUGCGGGAUUGUGGGCGCUGCGAAGUACGCCUGGGGGGACGCCCUGGUCGACCCUGAGGCCACCGGACCCGAUGGCUUGAAGUACCCAACAGAGCUGAUCAACCGUCUAUACGCUGAUGGAGAGUUCGGACCUCCUUCAGGAAUGCGCCGAGGGAGGACUCUGAUGCCCACGUUAGACCCUCAGACCGUGAGGAAGAACCUGUUGCAGGGUUUCUACGACGCCAACGCACACACUGACCACGCCACACUAAAGCCCCAGGGGCGCAGCAUGCCGGACAGAAACUCCUCGCCUUCGUCCCCAGCGCGCGCCGUGGGUUCCUCUGUACAGGAGAACCUCGUCAGGAUGUCCACCUCCGUCAAGAGCUCGACCUCCAGCAGCACCGUGUCCUCCUCGAUCUCGUCCUCCUCGACUGCGUGCCCUAAGGGACCGCCGGCGAGGAUGUGCCAGACGAGGUACAACACGACGGCCCCCAUGUACGGCGUUAGUCUCACGUCGGGGCAGCCCGUGACCAUCGUGCAGAAGUUCCCCGAUCUCCUGCAGCAAGUGAUCUUCGAAGUGUGCGAGAGUGACACUUGCGACGUGGUGCAGGGUAGUUGCGUGCAGACCUAUGUCCCUUACCUGUUCCUGGUGAUUCCUCUGGGCCCCGUCACGCUCACCGGCCAGGACUACGUGUUGGUAGAGUCCGGAUGCGUGUGUCAGCCCAAGUACAGCCAGGCUUCGUCCUUGCCGUCGCCCAUCGAAGCCAUAUCCGGCGGACCAUGAAGCACGUAAACGGACGAACGGAUGUCGAGCGAGAGGACGUUUAGGUUAGCGGCCUAGCGACCUUAGGGAGUAGCGGAAGUGACGGCGCGCGCUCGGGGUUUCUAAAGUUAGUGAUAACUGUGAAGACUUGAUGAUAAAUAAGUACGCUUGACUGUGUAAGUGUGUGUCUAGUACAAGUUACCGCACGAUAAUUCAACGAGGAAAUUUUUAUGUGAGAGGUUAUGGUGCCUCGUGCGUGGCCUUACAUGUUGCUCAUCGCUCAAAUUCACCCAUUGUUAAAGAAGACAGCUUACCUUUCCCCCAUAGCCAGUAUUUCUCAUUUCAACUGCUUAAGUGGAUUCAUUUAAUUAUACGGAAAGGUGUAGAAGAUAUCCUGCCAUACACUUGACAAAUGCCUCAUACACUCAUGCACAUGACAAACAUAUCGACGUUAUUUAGGAUAUAUAUAGUGCAGUGUUCAACUGGCAGAGGUUGGCUGAGAACACAAUAUUUUUAAUGCCUGCUCUUCUUUUUCCGUAUGAUAGUCUAUAUAUUUUUAUAUUGGAUCCAGAAAAUAAUAAGAGUUAAACUAGGCAAAUGAGUGUGUUAUUUGUUCUAUGUAAACUUUCCCACGCCAUAUUUUCAUUAUACGAAGAAUACUUCACCAUUUUCUCAUAUAUUCCCUCUUUUCUUCCCUCAUCCAUUUUUCUUUAUUUUUUCUGUUCUCUUCUUCCUUUUUAUGCCCUGUUUUUUCCAAUUUUUUCCUCUCCUGCUUCCCUUUCCUCUUGAUUUUUCUUGUCUAGGGGAGUCUGACCUCGCUUGGUUUCCUUGUCUAAAAUAGAAAACGCGAAGUUUGAUACGGAGGAAUUAAGGAAUACACAAGGGAAGAUGAAGAGGGGGAGGGGGAAGAGGAGGAGGAAAGGGCGGAGGGAGGGAGAGGUAGAAAAAGAAAAAAAAAGAGAGAAAAAAAGAAACACUGAGUUCGUUAGAGAGGGACGAGGAAUAAACAAAGGAGGGGAAAGGGAUGAGAUAAGACACACACACACACACACACACACACACACACACACACACACACAACAAGAGAGUUUGAACCAAGAGCAACAUAUAUAUAGGCUACCUUUUUGUUCGUGUAUAUAAAUGCACUCGUAUUUAUUCCCUUGUGUUUUCACUUUUUUUUGCUAAUCAUAAAACAACAUUACGUCACAGGUCAUUGUGCACAGGUCAUUUCGCCGACUUGGAUUCUGGGUAUUAGAAAGGAAUUUGUGUUUUUAAAGUAGUGUCAUUAUUAAAUGUAGUGUUUUUUUUUAUUAUUAUAUCGUUUUUAUAAGUGUUAGUAUUAUUUGUGUAAUUAUUAGAGUUGUCAUCAUUAUUAUUAUCAUUAUCAUUAUCAUUAUUAUUAUUGUUAUUAUUAUUAUUAUUAUUAUUAUUAUUAUUAUUAUUAUUAUUAUUAUUAUUUAUUGUUAUUGUUAUUGUUAUUAUCAUAAUCAUUAUUAUUGUUGUUGUUAUUAUUUUUUUUUAUUAUCGUCAUCCCUAUCACUACUACUACUACUACCAUUUCUACUGUUACUACUUUUAAUAUUGUUGUAAUUAUAACUGAAAUGUUGUUAUUAUUAUCGUUACCGUCGUCAUUGUCAUUCUCUUCAUCAUUAUCAUCAUUAUCAUUAUUGCUGUCGUUACUGUUGUAUGAAUUAUCAAGGUAUUUAAUGUUAUCAAUGUUAUUAUUAUUAUUAUUAUAAUAUUAUUAUUAUUAUUAUUAUUAUUAUUAUUAUUAUUAUAUUAUUAUUAUUAUUAUUGUUAUUAUUAUCAUCAUCAAUAUCAUUGUUAUUAUUAUUGUUGGUACUACUACUAUUAAUAUUGUUAUUUCUUUAUUAUCAUUAUUUUGAUAUUGUAAUCACCAUCAUUAUUUCUAGUAACAUAAAUGAUGUUACUAAUAUCAUUUACAUAAUUUCCACAAAAUGACAAAUUGAAGAAUAUAUGCCGAUUAAAAGCAUUAUUAUGUUACAUAAUGAAAAAAAAAAUUUGAUUUUUUGUUUUCGUUGCUUUUUCUUUCUUUAUUGUCUUGUCAACGCUAGUUAAACGAACAAAAUGUGGUAAAGAAAAUUUAAUCAAUUAUAAUCUUAGCAUCUCCAGAAAAAAGCCAUAUGCUGAAGUUCCUUUAUAUUCCAAAUAUUUUUGUAUCAUCGAUAUGAUAUAUUUCUCACACCCAUGGGCUUUAUUUCCAACUUUCCUCUCACAUAAUUCACUGUAUGUAAUGUAUCUAUAUAUAGAUCGUUAGUGACUAGUCUUCAGUGUUUGUAAAUACAUGCUAUCAUAUAUCUUGGAUCAUUUCCAAUUAUUUAUUAUACUGUUAUGUAUGUUGUCAAAUGUUGUGAUGAUGCAACAGGUAAUAAAAAAACUAAUUUAUA